AUGGCAGGCGGCAUUUUCUCCCCGCUGGGGAGCUGCUCGGAGCUGGAGAAGGCCAACUGCCACCCGCUGGUGUGCCUGCUGUGCCACGAGCCGUACCAGCACCCCUGCCUGCUCGACUGCUACCACAACUUCUGUGCCAGCUGCCUGCGGGGCCGUGCCAGCGACGGCCGCCUGCGCUGCCCGCUCUGCGGGCACCCCUCGGUGGUGAGGGGGGGCACGGGACUGCCCCCCGUGGACCGGCUGCUGCAGUUCCUGGUGGACAGCUCGGCCGACAGCGAGGAGGACGUGCAGUGUGCCAACUGCGACCGGCGCUGCGCCAAGGCGGAGCUGGACACCAUGUACUUCUGCAACACCUGCGGGCAGCCCCUGUGUACCCCGUGCCGUGAGGAGACCCACCACGCCAGGAUGUUUGCCCGCCACGAGAUCGUGUCCCUCUCCAAGCGCACCAAAGACAUCCACAAGAAGUGCCCGCUGCACGAGGAGCCCUACAUCAUGUUCUCCACCGAGAAGAAGUCCAUGCUCUGCAUCAACUGCUUCAGGGAUAUGCAGGGGGAGAGCCGGGCACACUGCAUCGACAUCGAGACGGCGUACAUGCAGGGCUGCCAGCGGCUGGACCAGGCGGUGAUGGCAGUGAAGGAGCUGCAGACCUCCACACGCGAGGCCAUCGUCCUGCUCAAGGCCAUGAUCGAGGAGGUUCGCAACAGUGCCAGCGAGGAGGAGGCUGCCAUCAACUCCCUCUUCGGCCGCAUGCAGGAGCAGCUCUCCGAGAGGAAGAAGACGCUUCUGAAAGCUGUGCAGAGCCAGCAUGAGGAGAAGGAGAAGGCAUUCAAGGAGCAGCUUGCACACCUCGCCUCCCUGCUGCCCACCCUGCAGGUCCACCUGGUGACCUGCUCAGCCUUCCUGAGCUCUGCCAACAAAGCCGAGUUCCUGGACCUGGGCUAUCAACUGAUGGAGAGGCUGCAGAGGAUUGUCAAGCUGCCGCACCGCCUGCGGCCGGCCCAGACCAGCAAGAUCAACAGCGAGUACCGGGCAGAGUUUGCCCGCUGCCUGGAGCCCCUCCUGAUGCUCAGCCCCCGCCGCUCCGUGGUGGGCAGUGCCGGCGGCAUCGGUCCUGGCAUCACUGGCACGAACAUGCUCCCUGGUGGCCAAUGCUCCAAGACCCUCAUGGUGCCCAGCUGUCCCCCCUCAAGUGACAAAAUGUCCACCAGCCCCAUGGUGAGGAAGCCGACGAUGCACCGGUACAUCAGCACCAAGGUGCUCCUGGCUGAGGGGCGUGAGACCCCCUUCGCCGAGCACUGCCGCAACUACGAGAACACCUACCGGAUGCUGCAGAUGGAGAUCCAGGGCCUGAAGGACCAGGUGCAGGAGCUGCAUCGCGACCUCACCAAGCACCACUCACUCAUCAAGUCAGAGAUCAUGAGUGAGAUCCUGCAGAAGUCCCUGCAGAUGGACGUGCAGAUCGCAGCUCACUACUCUGCCGUGGAGAUGAUGCGCAGUGUCUUCGAGGAGGUCUGGGAGGAAACUUACCAGCGGGUGGCAAACGAGCAGGAGAUCUAUGAAGCCCAGCUCCAUGACCUGCUGCAGCUGAGGCAGGAGAACAGCUGCCUAAGCACCAUCACCAAGCAGAUCGUGCCCUACGUCCGCUCCAUCGCCAAGGUGAAGGAGCGGCUGGAGCCCAGGCUGCAGGAGCCCCGGGAGCCCAAGGAGGAACAGGCCCAGAUGCUGCUCAAGAUCUGCGACAACAGUGAAGCAGUGCCAAGGGAUGCCUCGCCAAGCAGCAAGGAGGGGGCUCUGGGCAAGGAGGGGGCUCCGGCCAGCCCUGGGGAGGGCUGCACGCCUGAUGGCACCCCCAGAGACCCCUCCCCGAAAAGCAAAGAUUGCUGCAGGGGCCAGCAGAAGAGCGGGGCUGAGAGCACUGCCCAGAAAGAGCCGGCACCAUAGAGCCCGGCACUGGGCACACGGCAGAGCCACUGGGCAGAGCCGUGCCCGGGCUGCUGACCAGCUCCUCUCGCCCUCUGCCAUGAGCCAGGGCAGGAAACAGGCCAGGCACCCAUGUCUGUGGUGCAUCCAAAAGCCUUAGGGGAACCUGGUUCUGAAAAACUAAUUGUCUUUGUGCUCUCCCUCAUGUGUGUUGGAGUGAAAUAAAAGGGCACAAGUGUU